AUGAAUAACAACCGUCCAUUUCCACGAUCAUUCGAUCAUGUCAAUAACAAUACCAUACCAUCAACAAACCUAAAGUCUUCUACUAAUGUUCUUAUCGAUUCUGAAACAUCACAUCUUGUUAAUUUAGUUUCUUCCGUAAUAACAAAAACUUAUCCACCUAUUCAUAUUAACAAGCCAGGUUCAACUCGUACGAAAGCCUCCGUUUCUGAUCAUUUAUCUUGUCAAAUGGCAUUUGCUCCUACAACUUUGGAACAAUUAUUAGAUUGGAUUAUUAUUAAGCAAUUAAAAUUUGUACAUCAGCUAAGAAACUCUCAUCAUCAUACUACUACUACCACAACAACAACUGCUAUUACUACUACUACUAAUAAUAAUAAUCAAUCCGAUGUAACUAUUGACCUGUGUCCUCUAGGUCCAGCUAUGUGUGUUUAUUUAAUGCUACGAGCCAUAUGUCGGCAGUGUGAUCGUUGGGAAACAAUUGAGUUGAAACAGUUGGCAAAAAACUCGGAUCCGAAGGUAGUUAAUAAUAAAACAACCGAGGAAAACAACGAUUUACUAAAAAAUAAUACAAAUAAUAAUCAGUUAACCUUAAAUCAACUCAAACGUAGACAUCAUCAUUUGCUGAGUCUAUUAAUAAGCGCUGUUAAUAGAUUUCAUAGCUUUGAAUUGUAUGUAUAUGAAUCCAUAAAAAGAAUUGAUUUAGACUACCCAAUUACAGAAAUUCAAUGCAAAUAUUCAACAACAACAACGAAAUCAUUGUCACCGCCUUUGUUGAGUGAUGUAGACCAGAAAUAUAUUGGUCUGAUAAAAUCUGUCACAGCUUGGUUAGCUAAUGCUAGUCAGUUACUUCAUCUAAUCACUUGUGAUAUUGAUUUCAAUGCAACUUUCAAGUUGUCUGUUGACGAACUGUGCCAAUGGAGUCCUGAUACAUUCGACCAUGAUGAUAAUAACGCUGUUAAGUUGUCAAAUACUGCUACUACGUCAUGGGAUCAGUUGAAAGAACAAUUGGCUGAAAUCGUCCAAACUGCAUUUAUCUAUUUAGCUGACCUUUGUGUACUUCGAUUAGAUAUAAUUGCGAUACCACAAUUAUUAUUGUAUUCGACUAAAUCUGUACAAAUUUUAUCAAAUCAUCAUGAAAACUGUGCGACUGAUAGUAACACAUCUAAUGAUUCACCUGACUGCUGUUUCCCUGAUCGACAAUCACUGGAUAAUAAUAAUAAUAAUAAUAAUAAUAAUAAUAGUUCUGUCGAAUUAAACGAAAUGAAUGAUAGAGCACGGAUCACUUCGAAUCGUCAUUGUUCAGAGAAGCAACAACAAUAUAGUGAAGUGUUUAAUAGUAAAGUACGAAGCAAUUAA